AUGGCAGGGCUCGCGGGCGGCCGGCUGGGCGUCCUGGUGGUCAUCUUCAUCGCGGCGCUGUGCGGGACGCAAGCGCUGUACGUGCGGGGGAGGCUCGUCGAGGACAGCCUGGGUGUGCAAGAGGUCGGCAACGAGGACCGAGCGGACGACAUGAUGUCGGGAUUUGUUGGCACAGGCGCAGAGCCUGACUUAGAUAGUCGGUUGCGUGACGCGGACGCCUGUCCGGCUGCGUGUCGCGGCGCCGCGAGCGACGCACCACCAACAAGCGACACGGUGGUGGCGCUGGCGACCCCGCUAUACAACGGCGAGAUCGACAACUCCUUCUUCUCGUCGCUCAUGGGCGCCAUGGAGCGCAUCAACACCAACCGCGAGCACCCCGGCCUGAAGCUCAAAGUGCUGACGGUGGACAGCAUCGCAGACAUCGCGGUGGCGCGCGCGGUGCUGGUGCGCAAGUUCCUCGCGGUGCCCGACGCGACGCACAUCCUGUUCGUGGACAACGACAUCUCGUUCGACGCGGACGUGAUCACGCGGCUCGCGCGGUCCGGGCACGACGUCGUCACGCGCGCGUGCCCGAAGAAGCACUGGGUGUGGCCGCGCGUGGUGCAGAUCGCGCGCGAGGAGCAGCACCCGGUCGAGCACCUUCGCGCGAUGUGCAUCGACGCGAACUACGAGCCGCUCGAGGAGACCCGGCCCGACCGACUCAUGAAACUCCCCCCGGGGUACUUCAAGGCGUUCAACGACCCCGAGCCCGACGGGUUCCUGCCCAUCUCGCGCGCCGGCACAGGGUUCCUGAUGAUCUCGCGGAGGGCGGUGGAGGCCCUCGUGGAGCGGCACAAGGCGAUGGACUUCGAGCACCCGCUGCACGGACACCUCCCGGGGGUGUUUCACAUCCACAUCCGCGGGGUGGAGUCCUCCAUCGGGCGGCACGGGGAGCACAUCGGGGAGGACUGGAUCCUGUGCGACCGCCUGCGCGAGCUCGGGUUCCGCGUCAUGCUCGACACGCAGGGCGCGUCCGGGCUCACGCACACCGGCGACACGCAGAUCGACGCCACGCGGUGGUGGGUGCCGUACCGCGCGGGCUUCCCGGCCUUCGCCAAGCCCGACGCGUACUGA